GUAUUGUUUUAAAUGUUGAACCGUUUUUCGCGUUCAUUUAAAUUGUCUACAAGAUUUGGUGGAUGGGACAUUGUAGUAGACCUUGCAAAGGGUGUUCGAUAUCUGUGUGUUUGCAUAGCUUUACACGUAAUCUCGUUAGAUGGAAGUAUAUGGCGGUCACGUUUUCUCUACUCUUUAUAUUAUCGACUUCUGUCAUUUGCGUCGUCUUCUUCCAAGUUCCUGACCUCAGCAAUCCUUUCGUUGACUUUGUGACCAUUGGAACGGAUUGGUCUGCACGUACUCAACAGUUUCAGGCAUUACUAGCUGAAACAUCAAGUAAUCCUGAUUAUUUGGUACACAGUGAUCUAAUAUGGAUCAAACAAGACGAAUCGAAUUUUACCGAGAUCAUGGAUUAUACAAACGAGACCCACCACGACUUUGUUAACCGAUUUCGGCGCGUUGCUGAUACCAAUUAUUUUGAAAGGGAAUUUUGCCUUGAAGAUACCGGUAUUCAAAGGACUGAAUCAACCAACAGUUUGUGGAACGUUUACGCAAAGUAUAGUCGUAUCGUUUUUUCAAUGAAUUAUGAUCAAAUACUAAAAAUGCCUAAUAGAUCUGCAAUUAUAUACAAAUUAAGUAAUUCAAUGAACAAUACAAUUCUCAGUGAUGCAGUUCUCUUAUUUGCUGUACUGUCUGAUCUUUGUAAACUACAAAUGAGGCUUAGUCGUUUAUCUACUUAUCAACAGUUAUGUUAUAAGAAAAUAGGUGGUCACAAGAAUGAUAAACAUUUAUUUACUGCAGACAAUCAGGAUUGUUGUUCUAUUUGGUGUUUAUCAAACAUGAUUGCAUCAGUUUUUGGCAAGAAGUCUUGUGAAGCACUAACAGAUGCUGAUGCGCAAAAAGCUGCAGAAAUAAUUACUGUCUGCUAUCCAACUUUUGUUUCUGGCCACUUACGUCGUUCAUGUUGGGAUAACUAUGGUACUGAUCCUAAUCUCUUAUGUCCUAUGGUGAAACCAUCACAAUGUUUAUAUUCACCUAUACUACCAAUUAUUUUGGCUGCUCUCUUACCAGAUGAUGGUGAGACUGUUAAAACCUUAGAUAGAACUUUGAUGGUUUUGCCUAUACGUGCAACCGGUUCGCAUCUACUUUUUGAUGAAAUUGAAAAUGAAUGUAAAUCAGGUAGACUUACAACUGGCUUACAGAUUCCUUUUUAUCUUAAGAGUAUGUAUAUCCAAGAAUAUGAUGAAAUUGUUACCCACUUACUUUCUCGUGAUAUUUCAUGGUUGUUGAUUAGUUUAGUGUGUUUGGUCAUUCUGCUAACUCUAUGGACUAGAACUAUAUUCAUACCUAUUUUAACCGUAAUGGCUAUUAUCUGGUCUUUGUUAAUUGCAUAUUCUAUAUACACAGUAGUGUUAAAAAUUCCACAUUUUCCAAUUAUUAAUUUGUUGGCUAUUGUCUUGGUAACUGGACUUGGUGCAGAUGACCUAUUAGUAUUCUAUCAGGUUUGGAAGGAGAAGCGAAAUAUGCUGGUGAAAAUAAUGUUUUCACAAACCUGUGAUGAAGAAGAAUUCAAAUUUAUUUCUCAUCUUGAAAGGCAAGAAUUAAUGUUAAGUAUUCGAAAUGAACUAAAUCUUUCAUCUUCCUUGAACAAUAAUCAUUUUAUUCCAAACAGACACUGUUCUACUAAUGAAAUUCAUCUAGAUUAUGAUUAUUGCAUUCAAAAUUCUACACUCAAUAAUGAACAACUUGUUGAAUGCCUUCACUUCACUUUACUUCAUGCUAUUCCACCAAUGACAUUAACGACAAUUUCUACUCUAUCAGGUUUACUGGUGAAUUUGUUUUCUUCAAUUGUUGCUGUACAACGAUUCACUAUUUUUGCUAGUCUUGUUAUAACUUGUAAUUAUAUAUUUGUAUUUAUUGUGACUGUACCAACCAUAGUUAUAUUAGAAUUCUAUUGUAUAUCAAUUCAAUGUCUCAUUCCUCGUUAUUUUUAUAAAUGUUAUCAAGUUAUUUUCAAAAAAUGCUUACAGUUAACUUGUUCAUUCAAUAGACUGAUAAUUAAUUUACAUUUUGUCUUCCCGUUUGUGAUUAUUCUUACAUUAUCGUUUACAUCAUACCAACUAUUAUGGUUGCAUAGAUUCGAUAUACCUCAUGAUCAUCAGCAUAGUUCUGCAUUUUUACGCACAGAACAUCCAUUGGAAGUAUUUCUUUAUGAGGACGUGAAUACAUUUCAGACUGAACGAGAUUUACAUUAUUACCAAAAUUUGUUAAAAAUUAAUUUUAUUUGGGGUCCUAAACCAUAUGAUGAUCGUUCUAUGUUUAAGUAUAAUCAUGAUGUAUACAGUAAUUCAAAACUUUUGCUUCAUUCAUCUACAAAUUUCACUUCAAUUAAUUCACGUCUAUGGUUAUCAACAUUUUGCAAAGAAGUGAAACAUAUGCCAUUUUUAUUUCAAUCACUUUUUACAAAUUAUCGUCAAGAUACUUUAAGUUCCUUUGAGGUAUCUUAUUUAAAUCCAUCUGUAAAUAUGCCUGUUUGGUGUCCAUUUGGUCGUUAUAUCAAUUCUAUAGAUAAUUUUAUAUUUUCUCAGGAUUGCUUAUCUAGUGUAAGUUCUUGCUGUAUGAAUGGGAAACCUUUAUUAGUAUAUAAUUCCUCCACUUCCUCUUUUAUUCAUUGUUUAUAUGAGUAUGUUUCUCAUGAAGAACAACAGCACCAUCUAUCAGGUUUUCGUUUUAUGAAUAAAAAAGGGAUACAUUUCAAAGAGCCUAUCGGGUUUACUGUUCAUGCAUUAACUAAUAUAUCGUUGAUUUCCUCUUCACAUCAACACCUACAACAGACUAUACAUACAAUUUCCAUAUGGUUUCAAAGUUUACUUUUAAAUGCACCUGAAUCAUUACGUCAUGGUUUUAUAGCUGUACCUGAACUUGAAAAAUAUGAAAUUAUGCAUAAUGUUACACAAUAUGUAUAUCAAAGUAUAAUAAUUGCCGUUCUAAUAGCUAGUUUACUAAUCCUUAUCAUCAGUAAAAGUAUUAUACUUUCUUUAUUAUCACUUUUAUGUUUAACAUGUUGCCUUAUGUUAUCCAUUACUAUUUUGGUGUGUUUAGAUAAUUGGACAUUGGGUAUGAUUGAAGGUUUAAUUAUAAGCUUAGCUGCUGGCCUUGCUAUUGAUCCGUGUAUACAUUUAGCUUAUGCUGUAUUUGAUAAAGAGAAUAAUAAAAAAUCUAACAGGUGUCAACUUUUGAUUUGGUCUUGCAAUGAUUUAAUGCCGGUGCUCACCUCUUUAGGUCCAGCUAUUACUGGAUCCGCUUGGACUAGUGCAAUAAUUGGUCUUCCUAUAAUAUUUUCAAAUCUACUUUGUUAUCAUCAAAUUGGGGUAUUUCUUUCAACGCUUAUGUUUUGCUCAUGGUUCUUUUGCUACAUCGUUUUUUCUGGUCUUCUUGUUUUUGUUAAUAAUGUUAUUAAUUACUUUAAAUAUAAGCGUGUACUUGUAAUUUCCAUCUUAUUAUUUCUUUUGUAAAAAAAAAAUUUACAAUUGUAUUGACAAUCAGUUUUAAGUGAGGUGAGGUUCCACUUCUUUUCAGAAGACUUUGUGUUUCUGUAAAUAUUAUGUAUAUAUAUGCAUAUAUUAAUUCCUUUGAUUCGAAAUAGUUUAUUUUCAAGCUGCAUUCUGCUGUUUCAUGUAUACUGCUUGGAUCUGGUACGCGCCAGUUUUUAAAAAUGUAAAUUGCGUCUUAAGUCAGUUUUAAUCUAUAUCCUAGUUCCAAUUGGAUGAAAUGCAGUGAAAUGAUGUUGUUUGUUUAGAGUUUUUUUCUACACAUUGAAAUUGUAACUUAAUCUAUUGAACAUCUUGCAGCCUUCUGAAUGUCACCUUGCUAGUGACAAGAUAAUCCUCUUUAUUGCAAUGUGUUUCUUAAGAUUUGGAUGUUUUGUACUGAAAACGUAUAGCGAACCUCAGAACCGUAUUUGUCGUUCCAACAAAUCUGCAUUUUCUGUCUGGUGGCUUGUAGAGGCUUAUUAAUUGAUUUUAGGUUGGAAUUCAUCAUGGACUGACAUCAGUUGGAGGAACGUUGGAAACCUGGAAGCUCUGGACAGCUGUCUUGUCCUAGUAUGUGACUCUUAAGCAGUGUGCUUCCGUGACCCCGCCAGCCAGAGAUCGAACCCAGGGCCUUCAGGUCCCGUGAUCAGCACGUUACCAUUGAGCCACUGGGUCGGAAUCCGAUCAUCCACAUUUCCUACUUCUGUCAGUUCACGACAUACGUCGCGCUAGGAGUGCGGGAUUAUUGGUGCGCACUGCUGAGGAGUCCCAUACUAGGAUGAAAUAGCUGUCCAAUGCUCUUAGGUUUCUAAUGUUCCUCCAACUGAUGUCAAUCUACGAUGAAUUCCAAUCUAAAAUGUAAGUUUUUUUAAAAUUUCAUUUGUUUUUGUAUAUUGAACUUGUGAAUUUCCAUGUGUGAGAAAAAUUCAAAAUAUGUAAUCUAAAGUUG